CGAUGAAUCUCUCAAGCAUAUUAAAGACGUGAGGUCGCCCACUGACUUGAGAGGAUGGGCGCUCAUCGUGAAAAUAAACGUUGGCCAUUGGCUCAAAGAGUGAAGGUCCAACCGAGUCGCCCGCAGCCUCUUGACUUCCUUAUCGAGCCUGACCCCAGAGUCGCCCAAUUCCGGACCCGAAGGACGUGGACACCGGUUCCAGUGCCGCCCCGUCCUUAUCUACUGUCAUGAUAACUACACCCCCGUUAUUUUCGGGGCCCAUGUGCAGGCUCAGCGGCACUACAAAUGAAGCUAUCAUCCACUUUUGUUGAGCAAUCGGCUGUACCUUCAUACUGGGCCAUGGGUCGUAAACGAAGACCUGACCAGCUUCCACCAAAGCCACGAACACGUGCAGGAUGUCAGACUUGUCGAGCCCGCAAGGUCAAGUGCGACGAGACCAGGCCGGUGUGCCAGCGGUGUCAGGUUGCUUGUCGACCAUGCGACUUCAAGCCAGAAGUCAAGUGGGAGGACGAAUAUAUCUCCAAGGGUUUGGCAUUUGGGAGAGAAGGCGUGUGGUCGAAAUUGGGGAAUGCCUCUCGCUCUCAACCUGAACCGGAACAUUGGUCUCCCAUUCCGACCGUUCGUCCAUAUCAUUUUCUCAACUACUUUGCGAAAACCUUCGAAGAGCCUUUGGCGCUGGAUGUUGGCAAUGCUUAUCGCAAUCCGCGAGCCAACAUGGAAGGAGGUGCUCCAUUACAACGUCUAGCUUCCAGGUUGAAUGCGACUUUGGACGACGAUGUCAGUUAUCGUUCUCGCCAUUCCUAUGCAGGAGCGUUGAUCCGGUCGCAUUCGGUACCACUGAUCCCAGGUCUUGUCGACGCAGACCAUUCUAUGCUUUUGAACUACUUCAUCCAGAAAUUAUGCCCCUUGACGACACCAAGCAAGUUGUCACAAUCGCCGUUCGCCUCACUGGUUCUACCUUUCACACUGAUGAAUUCGAACAGCGGUCUUCUCUCCAUUUUGGCGCUGUCGGCAUGUCAUCGAGCCAAAAGCGAGCCUGCAUGGAAGCUACCGGCCAUGAAAUUGAAAUCACAAGUACUGCAAGUAUUGCAAGAUCGCUUCAACGUCGAAGGUCCUGAAAAGGUGGCUGCCAGCUCCGAUACUCUUGUCACAAUGGUAAUUCUAUGCCUAUAUGAAAUCAUCCAAGAUUGCGAUUCCGGAUGGGUUGUCCAUUUGAAAGGCGCUCAUGACAUACUAAGCUUCCGAAAAGAGCUACAAGCCACGCAAGGGACGGAAGUCGAGGUAAACGAGUUGACGGCGUUUGCGGAAAAGUUCUUUGCCUUUCACGAUGUGAUCGGGCGUACGGCAUGUGGGCAAGUGCCCCUUUUUGGUCGAGACUAUUGGAAUUUUGGUGAAAAGGUUGUCGACGUCUGGAUGGGCUGUAGCCCUGAGCUUGUGGCCCUACUCUGCACCAUCAACGAGUUGAGCAGGGCCGCUUAUGCAAAUCCAGAAAUCUCCGUUUCGGAUGCGUUCCUAAGCGCUUGCUCGGUCACAAGGUAUAAGCUGGAGUCAUUGGAGCAAGUCGUCGAGAAUGAUCAGGACGAUUACCUUCUACUCUCGGCAAAGAUGAAACGACUCGCAGCCAUGGUUUACCUGAAUUGCGCAUUAUACAACGCCCACCCGACCACGCCACUGAUGAUCAGCUUGGUCGAGCAGAUUCUCCUGCUAGCGUCAGAUUUUAUUGACCUAGGCUUUGUGAACGGACUGACAUGGCCGCUGUUUGUGGCAGCUGUCGAGCUCAACCCCUACAACGAUGAGAUCUUGAUCGAUGACUCGCAUCAUCGACCUUUCCACGGCAGACUGAUGGUCUUGAAGGUUCUACAAGCCAUGGAGACAUCUACUGUUUCGAACGUUGAUCGGAUGCGCACCAUUAUCAGUCAAGUCUGGCAGGCCAGAGACCUAGAAGAGGAUCCUUUCCCCGAGACUGCAGACAACCACUAUUGCAGGAACGACUGGGAAAGGUCCUUUCCAUGAAGGCCAUUUGCUCUUUUGCCCAUGUUGCAAAUUCUGCAGGCUCAACCACGCUUUCCGAAUACUUGGAUUUGUUUUCGU